AUUUGCCAACAAAUCGCGAAACGGGGCAGGACGAGCCCAACUUUCAGUUGCUCCGAAAGUCAAACGGCACGCGUUAUCCUCGGUUGUUAUUUUUGUGUUCUGAAAAUACACCCAUCUAUAUAGCUAUUUGCUUUUUUUUUUUGGCUAACAUGCCUGGUUUGAAGGAGGAGUCGCCCCAUCCGAUGCUCAGAAUCAUUAGCCAGCUAGGUCAUCAUGUUCUGGACGGCGGUAGCCUCCUCGACACUCUCCUCGAACAGCGCCGAGAGCUCGGCGGGAUUGGCCAGUGCGGCGCCCAGUUACCAGCAGCAGCACACGAAGCCAUCGCCGCUGAGAGCCUCCUCCAGCAGCUGGCAGCUUAGCAAUGCAGCGUUCAAAUCGCGUCUGCAACAGCAACAGCUACUGCAGCAGCACCAGCAACAGAUACAGCAGCAGCAAUACGAGCACCAGCAGCAGCAACACCAACAGCAACAGCAGCAACAUCAGCAGCAGCAACAGCAACCAGGGGACUUGUCCCAACAGGAAGUGCAGGCAAACAAGGAGCCCAAACAUUCUGCGUGCCAGAAGCACAAACUUCAAACAGCGAACAUCAAAAAGAAAAUCAGUCCAAGGAGUGAAAGUAAAAUAUUCAAAGCUUUCACCUCCUGCAAGUGCACCCAAAAGUAGCAAAAGUGCAAGUGU